AGCCACACUCUUUGUCAAAGUGCACCUGAUGACGGCUAGGGCUUUUCUAUCCAAGUCAGCCCAUUCUUCAUCCUUCAUCUUCUCGGGUUUCUGACCUGUCAAACAUGGAAGAAGAUCUUUCUGACAUAGCAAGUCCUCGACUUGCAUCUUCCACCAUCCAAAAUCUUGCCCAUCAAACUUCUCUAUCCUGAUCUUUCCGUCCUCAGACACCAUGUCUUCUGAGUAUCCAAAAAUCUGACCAGAGAACACGUGAUGGACAUGGAACAUGAAGUCCAAGCACUACGAACACUUCUAAAAGAAAAAGCAGUGGUUUCGUUUAAACUCCAAAAUGAGAUAGCAAUGAACAAGAGAAAAGAGAAAAACAAGUCUCAAUUGUAUCAAAUAAUUGGUGCAGAAAGUGUUGGCUCAAUUUUACGUAUCCAGUCAUGCGCAGAUGAGGCAGUUGAUAUUUCAAAAUGUUCGAUUCAGUGGUAUCGGUUAUCUUCUGAAUGCAGCCGAAGGGAACCUAUCUCAGGUGCGGACAAAUCUGUUUAUGCCCCUGAACCCAUCGAUGUUGGGCGAGUUCUAGAAGUUGAUAUUGUCUCGAAUUGCCUAAAGGCCUCAUUGACGACUGUUGGCCAAAUAGACCAAGCACCAGGGCUGUGGAAUUAUUUGGAGACACUACUUCGGAAAUCAAACACGGAAUUCAGCGUGGUUAUUGCCCAGAUGAACGGAAGGAACUAUUCGUCGCGUUCAGUUCAUUCGUUGCAUGUUGGGAAAAUGAGGAUGAAGCUUUCAAAAGGAUGGAUUACAAAAGCUCGAGAUUCUUAUUCUGGGUCCAUGCAGCUAUGCGGGUUCAGAGGGGGAGGAAACUCUGCGGCAAAGUCAUUGUUCUGGCAACCUAGGAAAGCGCAGUCCUUUGUGUUGGUUUUUGACACGGAGCGAGAAAGAAAUGGAGCUCUUGUUCUGGCCAGAAAACAUGCUCUUGAUUGCAAUGUGAAUCUUGCCGGGCCGGAUGACGAUGUUUUGCUGUGAAUCUAACAGCUCUUUCAUUUCCAAUUUUUUUUUUGUUUUUUUAAGUUUUUUUUUAAUUUGUUUGUGUGUGGGUGUGGGAUAGAAAGGGUUGUUUGUUUACUAAUGAGUUGGUUAGUUACAGCCAUGAGGCAUUUGUUUUUAUUGUUUGCCCAAUCAAAGGGGUUGUAACCAAUUUCACUAGCAACCAAAUAGUAUUCAUU